CCAAACGCCAGACCGUACAUUGGUGUCCUUGAACUGACAGCCAGCAUGGCGAGUAGCAAUGUUGCCGUGGACGGUGACUUGAUGAGAUAUGCCGAAUACAGUUCCAAAUCAAGUGUUCGGAGCGAAACAGACAUUGAUAAACGAUUCGGAGGUACAUUGAUAGCUGUCGGGCUUGGUGUUGCUGCUGCUGGUUUUGCAGGGCGCUAUGCGUUCCAGCUGUGGAAGCCUUUGGGGCAGGUCCUGUCAGAGACGGUGAAGAAGAUGCCUUCAUCAGCUUUCUCUGCGUAUUACAAGGGCGGCUUUGAGCAGAAGAUGAGCAAACGGGAAGCCAGCCUCGUCCUGGGGAUCAGCCCAACCAGCAGCAAGAGCAAGGUGCGAGAGGCGCACCGGAGGAUCAUGGUCUUAAAUCAUCCAGAUAAAGGUGGCUCACCGUAUUUAGCGGCGAAGAUCAACGAAGCGAAAGACCUGCUGGACUCCAGCUCACGCCGCUGACCCCCCCCUCCCACUCAGCCGCCCUCCCCCCCUUCCUGCCAGGACGUCUCUUUCUAUGCUCCCUGUGUGAUGAGAUGCGUCCAUCCACUGAAACCCUGUCUGUUCUCACCCAGAUUCCAUCCACUGAAACCCUGUCUGUUCUCACCCCGAUUCCAUCCACUGAAACCCUGUCUGUUCUCACCCCGAUUCCAUCCACUGAAACCCUGUCUGUUCUCACCUCGAUCCCAUCCACUGAAACCCUGUCUGUUCUCACCCCGGAUCCAUCCACUGAAACCCUGUCUGUUCUCACCCCGAUUUCAGUCCAUCCACUGAAAUUCUCUGUUCUCACCCCGAUUUCUGUCACAUUGACACUGAGAGCAUGCCAAAGCACCCUGCACUGACUGCACACUGCCACCAGGGGGAGACCUGUCAUCACUACAAAGGAAUUUUGUUGUAAAGUGGACACUCUUUAUGUAAAUGCAUUUCACUGUAAUGUGUGUAUUAAUGCAUAUGCAUAUGUGUGUGUCACUGAACAGCAGCUGUAACAGUGCAGUUAUUUUCACAGGAGGAGAGAGAGGCUGGAGGCAGCCCAGUUUGUUUGUGCCGUGUGCUUCAUAGUUAUUUAUAUUUGGUCAGUGAUUAAAGCCUGUUGCAAAAUUGGACUUUAUGAA